CUAUUCGCUAGUUUUAUUUCUUCCCUGCUGCCGAUGAGUUUUUCACAUUUGUAAUUUUGCGGGUGUGAUUUUUCCGAGAUAUCGCCUUUAAUUUGUCUCAAAUAAAUUAAAUUACUCAGCGCAAUAACCAAAAAAAGGAUAAAAUAACAAUGGCACCAGUUGUAUCUCAUCCUCCGGUUUCCUGGGCUCAAAGGAAUGACCUUCUAUUUGUUACUAUCGAUGUCGAAUGUAAGGACAUUGACUACAAAGUAACAGAAAACUCGAUGAAAUUUAGCGGAAAAGAUGCUCUGGAUAGCAACAAGGAAUACGACCUGCAGUUGAACUUCCUUAAAAAUGUCGAUCCCGAAAAAGUAUCAAGUAAAAAUAUCGGUAGAUGUUUGGAGUUUACUAUUUAUAAAAAAGAAAGUGGUCCUUAUUGGUCAUCGUUAACAAACGACAAAACCAAACUGCAUUUCCUUAAAGCUAAUUUCAACAAAUGGAAAGAUGAGUCUGAUGAUGAAGAUCCAGAAAAUGCUCUUGAGGCUGAAUGGCCAAAUUACUUGCAACCAUCAUCCGAUUUAAAGGACUUUGCCGACUUCGAAGAUGACGAUGACUCAGAUGAUAAUAUUCCAAGUUUAUCGCAAAACGACGAAGACGACGAAGCGGAUGAAAAGGCCAAGGAGGAAAAAACCGCCGAUAAACCAUUAGCAGCGGAGGAAAAGAAAUAAUUUAGGUCGAAAUCUAAACUUAAUCAUUAACUUUUACAUAAUAAUAAUAAUAUGAGCGUUAAAUAAUAAUAAUUAAUAAAUAAAAAAGAAUUUGCGCGCAUGGGAUUUAUAUGAUAGCAAAACAUAUAUUUUGCAUGCAAAACAACAAUAAAACAUUUAAAAAGAAAAAGCGAUCAACAAAUACAAAACAAAGAAGAUGAACUCUAUUUACUCUCUUCACCCAAAUUCUAUUUUUAUUAUUUUUUAUCAUAUUGUAUUUUUGAUUUCAAUUUUACACAAUUGUUUAUAAUUGAAUGCAUUUUUUAAGAAGGAAACAGAAAAUCAACCAAAACAAAAGAAUUGAUUAGUUAAAACAAAAAAAAAAUGAAAAAAACUACUCAAGUUAUACACAAAACAAAUAAAAACGAAAAACAAUCCUAAAAACAAAAUCAAAUAAGGUUAUUUUUUAAACACCUACAACAACAAAAAGAAAUUAAUUUUAUCUGAUCGAAUAAAAUAUUAAAACACUGCUAGUUAGUGAAAGGCUCACUUCGUAAACAAUAUGUAAGAAUAAUAUUCAAAGUCAAAUCGGAAAAUAAUAAUAAUAUAGUUUUUAAAAAAGCAUAAUUUCUCAUUUUAAAGGAUAAAAAGAAAGAAAACAAUAAAAAAAGGGGGAAAACAAAGUUUUAUAAUAUUUAAGAAAAUAUUAAAGAUUGAUUGUUUCUUUUUUAA